GCAAAUAGUGAAUGCGCGUUGUUAUACCACGAUAUCGAGUAAUAUUUCAUUAAUAAAUUUGCAAUCGUAAACAUAAAACUACGAAAAAGCUUACCUACAGUCAAAAAUUCAUUUAGUCUUUCCAGUGCAUCAGUAGGAUCAGUACUAUCAGUAGCCUCUGUAACAGUUUUCAAAUCGACUUAUUCGUAAACUUUAUCAAUCCAACAAUCAUGUCUUCGUUACAUACGUGGUUCUCAACAUUACGCAUUUUGGUGUCAUACGGUCCUGGCUUACUUUUAAUAUUAAUGCUCCACGAAACGAUUCGAUUUCAACGGCCCGACAUUGUAGACAAAUUGAAUCGCGUUCGGAGUCGGGAAGUUGAUGAAAUAUUCGAUGUUUACGAUUUUAUAAUAAUUGGUGGUGGUUCGGCUGGUACGGUCAUGGCAAAUCGGUUAACAGAAAUAAGUAACUGGCGUGUGUUGUUAAUUGAGGCUGGUCCCGAUGAAUCGUAUUUGUCGGAAAUACCAUUACUGUAUCCGUCACUGCAAAAGUCACGCUUAGAUUGGGAAUAUGAAACGGAACCGUCCGACUCGUAUUGCUUAGCCAUGGACAACCAGCAAUGCAGUUGGCCGAGAGGUAAAGUGCUGGGAGGUUGUUCUGUAUUGAAUGCUAUGCUGUAUAUUAGAGGCAAUCGACGGGAUUACGAUCGUUGGGCAGAAUUAGGAAACCCUGGAUGGAAUUACGAGAAUGUGUUACAUUAUUUUAAAAAAUCAGAAGACGCCCGAGAGCCGAGCAUUAUGAACAGUCCGUUCCAUGGUACUGGUGGCUAUUUAACGGUCGAAUAUUUCCGUCAUAUAACGGCAUUACUCGACGUAUUUUUAUCAGCCGCAAGAGAAUUGGGCCUGUUACAUCCGAACGGAGAUUUUAAUGGUUUUACUCAACAUGGUAUUGCACGAUCGCACGGAACAGUCCGCGAUGGACUACGUUGUAGUGCGAGUAAAGCAUUUAUUCGACCGGCAGCCCACAGACCGAAUCUGCAUGUUAUGUUGGAGACAUUCGUCGAAAAAAUCCUUAUCAAUCCGCAGACGAAAGUUGCCUACGGAGUUGUACUUUCAACAGAAGAUCAUCAUCAUCACAUCGUUCACGCAUCGAUGGAAGUCAUUUUGUCUGCUGGAGCGAUAAAUUCACCGCAAUUAUUAAUGCUAUCAGGCGUAGGACCCACCAUUGAGCUAAUGCAACACGGAAUUCCAAUUAUAUCGGAUUCGCCAGGUGUCGGUGAAAAUUUACAAGAUCAUGUCGCAUCUGGUGGCGGAACAUAUCUGAUUCAAAAUCCUGUAUCUCAUCAGUCGUUAAGUAUUGUCAUUCCGAACAUAUUUAAUUUAGACACUUUGCGACAAUUUACUAGAGAUCACAACGGACCUUUGUAUUCUAUGCCAGCCAGUGAAGCUAUGGGAUUUAUUAAUACGAAAUUUCAAGAUCCUCGCGAGGAUUGGCCGGAUAUACAACUAUUUCUAGCUACUUUUGCGGAAAGUUCAGACGGUGGUGUAUUCAGUCGACGUGGUGCAGGGAUGUCGUUCGAGUAUUAUGCUCAUGUAUACGAACCGGUUAUAUUUAAGGAUGCCUAUAUGGUCAUUCCGCUCCUAAUGAGGCCACGGAGUCGUGGAAAAAUUAUUUUGAAUUCACGUAAUCCUCGUGAGCAUCCAGCUAUUUUUGCCAACUAUUUUCAGCAUCCAAGGGAUUUAGAUGUUUUGAUCGAAGGAUCCAAAUUCGGUUUUCAACUCGCUCAUACGAAAAUCAUGCAAGCCUUGAACGCAACACUAAUACCCACACGUAUUGCCGCGUGCAAGCGAAUGCCCUAUUUAAGUGACGAUUUUUGGCGCUGCAUUGCUCGUCACUAUUCACAAACGAUAUAUCAUCCCGUGGGCACGUGCAAAAUGGGACCGAACAGCGAUCGAAUGGCGGUGGUCGAUCCACGUCUGCGAGUGUAUGGCGUUUAUAAAUUAAGAGUGGUUGAUGCGAGCAUAAUGCCAUAUAUUGUGACUGGCAAUACAAAUGCCCCGACGAUAAUGAUUGCAGAAAAGGCAGCUGAUAUGAUAAAAGAGGAAUAUUUACGCCGCGGCUAACGACUGCAAUUUGUAUCAGUAUCGUGUUGUAGUACAAAGAUGAUUUUUUUUACAAA